GACACGCAGGGAGGCGGGGCCCGGAAGGCCGCGGGGGUAAUCGGGGAUCCCCUGCUAUGGCCGGCGUCUUCGACAUCGACCUGGAAACGGAGGAGGGGAGCGACGGGGAGGAGCCUGAACUGGGGGCCUUGGAGGUGGACCUAGAUCUUCGCCACACAGGUGCUGAACUCGUGCCAGGUCAUUAUGAGGAAAUUGAAAUAUCUGAGAGUAUUGUCAACAAUGGCCCAGAGCGCAUUGGGCCCCACUGCUUCGAAUUGCUACGUGUUUUGGGCAAGGGUGGCUAUGGCAAGGUAUUCCAGGUACGGAAGGUGCAGGGCACAAAUGCUGGGAAAAUAUUUGCCAUGAAAGUCCUAAAGAAGGCCAAGAUUGCCUGUAAUGCCAAGGACACCGCCCACACAAGGGCAGAGAGAAAUAUCCUGGAGGCCAUCAAGCACCCCUUCAUUGUGGACCUCAUCUAUGCCUUCCAAACUGGUGGUAAACUCUACCUCAUCCUGGAAUGUCUCAGUGGUGGGGAGCUCUUCAUGCAGCUGGAGCGAGAAGGCAUCUUCCUAGAGGACACAGCCUGUUUCUAUCUGAGUGAGAUCACUCUGGCCCUUGGUCACCUGCACUCUAAUGGCAUCAUCUACCGGGAUCUCAAGCCUGAGAACAUCAUGUUAAACAGCCAGGGGCACAUUAAGCUGACGGACUUUGGCCUCUGUAAGGAGUCCAUCCAUGAUGGCGCUGUCACCCACACCUUUUGUGGCACCAUAGAAUACAUGGCCCCAGAGAUAUUGCUGCGCAGCGGCCACAACCGAGCAGUGGAUUGGUGGAGCCUCGGUGCUCUGAUGUAUGACAUGCUCACUGGAUCGCCGCCAUUUACAGCCGAAAACCGCAAAAAGACCAUGGACAAGAUCCUGAAAGGGAAGGUGGCGCUUCCACCCUACUUGACCCCCGAUGCCCGUGACCUGAUCAAGAAGUUCCUCAAAAGGCAUGCCAGCCAGAGGAUCGGGGGCGGGCCAGGCGAUGCUGCAGAUGUACAGAGACACCCGUUUUUCCGACACAUUAACUGGGAUGACUUGCUGGCUAGGAGAGUUGACCCACCCUUCCGGCCAUCACUGCAAUCUGAAGACGAUGUCAGCCAGUUUGACACCCGCUUCACUCGGCAGACCCCCGUGGAUAGUCCUGAUGAUGGCUUCCUCAGCGAGAGCGCCAACCAGGCCUUCUUGGGAUUCACCUACGUAGCCCCAUCAGUGUUGGAGAGCAUCAAGGAAGGCUUCUCCUUCCAGCCCAAGCUGCGAUCUCCCCGCCGUCUCAACAGCAGCCCCCGCACCCCUGUCAGCCCAUUGAAGUUCUCACCCUUUGAAGCCUUCAAGCCAAGCACAAGCACGGAACAGAUGGAGCUGUCGCCGCCCUCGCUCAUGCCAGUGCCAGAAGUCACUGCUCCGCUGCCCAUCAAAACCCCAUCGGGCACCAGGAAGAAGAAGAGCCGGGGGCGGGCCCGGUAGCUGAGGCAGUGAGAUCAUUGGACCGUCCGCCUUGGCAGGGCGGCGCUCUCUGGUUGCUCAGGUGGACGGGGGCUCAGAGGUGGAGAGAGCUGUGCCACAGCAACGUUAAGCCCUGUUUGGGGAGCACCUUUUCUCCCCCGCUGCAAGGGGCCACCUUCCCUCCCAGCUGCAAAGGGCGGUGUGGUGUCGGUGCUUUUCCGUCAUAGGGAACGAUCCCUACGUGAGGUGCUUUCUUUUGAAAUAUAUAGUGAAACGUGGUGGGAACGGAGGGAAGUUGAGACACACAAAAGAUCGGUCAUAAGGCACCUGCCUCGGGGCUGAGGACGCUGCCAUCUUACUGGCGGUGCAUUUUGCGUGAGUGUGAACUGGGGGUAGGGAGGACUUUGCUGUUAGGACAUGCAGUCUGGCUCUCCUCGCUGCUGCCAGAUCCGUGGCAAUUAAAGCUUUAGGACUUGUAAAGCAAGGGGCACAGCUUUGACCAGGCGAAAAGGAUUGAGCGAAUCCUACUGGGUGGAGUUGCACCCCCUCGCGGGAAGCUUCUGCACCCGUCUAACUUUCCCCAGUGUGCACCAAGUGCCAAAAACUGAUGGUGCUCCUUAAGUGGCCGUGACCAGGUCAGUCUUACCCCCGGGCUACUACCUAUUUAGCAGUGCCUCUUUCUGUACCCUUGACUGUGAGUGGAUCCUAGCGGUCUGGUUGCCGCCCAGACAAUGGGCUGGUAAGUGGCAAGGAUUUAACAGCUUGUUUCUGAGGACUGCUGCCACGAUGCCCAUGAAGCUUGGCCUAUGCCAGUAGUACAGUUGCGGUGGGAGAAAACCAUGCUGUCUUAUCUCCCCUCUACUUUAUUUUGUCAUAGGAAACUUUCAAAACAAAAUGGAAACUCAGGCUUGGUGGGGACAGGCAAUCGAGCAAGCUAGGUGCAAACGGGAAGGGGGUCAAUAGGCAACACAGGGCAAAAGCAACUUCUGCUAUGUCCAUGGGGUGGGGUGGUGAACUGCCUUCAGUCUGUAGCUGUCUUUGCAGCGGGUGCUUCAGUGCCCUCUAUCCUGCUACUUCUAGAGGGCAGUGACAUGCAGCUGUUUGCCUGGGUCCUCCCAGGCCGCUGUCCCAGAGAAAGAAUGCAGAUCACUCAGGAGAGCCCCUGCGCUGCUCUCAGUUGCCUUUGGGACCCCUUCUUCCACUGAGGCCUCCUGCACUGCUUUAUCUUCUGCUGGCUCCGGUUCGGCCUUCUCCUUGGAAGCUCCUUGCUUUUCCUCGUCCUUGUCCUCCUCCUCGUCUUCUCCUUGGAGAAGCUGCUGCUGCUCCCUCUCAUCCCCCACAUCAAUGGGUUGCUCCUCCCCGGACUCUUCGUCUCCCAGCUUCUCAUCCUGCUGUCCCUGUAACGGCUCUUCGGGGAGUUCCCCUCCCCAAAGCCCUUGCCAUCGGAGCAUCAGACCCCUCAGCAGGCGCUGGGGGUGGUACCUUCCUCCUGAUUUGCGGCUCAGCCGGCGCCACGCCAGGAACAGCAAGAGGAGCAGCAGCAGCAGCAGGCAAACCAGGAAACUCACGACGAUGUCAUCACUGCUCUUGCCGUGGCCACCUCUCUCUGGAGCUGCUCCCAUGGCUUUCCCUAGAAACAGCAGGAGCAGGGCAGAGAGCGCGUGGACGAACUGGGGCCUCUACAGAGAAAAAGGAGCCAGGAUGAGUCCCUGCCCCUGCAAUUUUAAUAUGACAAGGAGCCUUGAAUGUUGGCCUGCUGUCUGGAGCUGUGGCGCUCUUCCCUGGGCUGUGUGGAUCAUGGAAUCGUGCCCUGAAAAGUCCCACUUGCACAGUGUUAAUUGGACUCUGAUGUAGAUGUUAAGGAGGGAUCAUGGAUCAUGGUAAAAAGAGCAGGGCACUGCCAUUGCUCGGAAGCUGUCUAAGUUUUUAAAAUGUUCACCAGCAACUGCCUGCAUAUAUAUAUUUUUAACCUACAUGCUGCAGCUAGGAGGGCUUGCAAUUAAAGAAGAAAAAAUGAGUUCCUGGC